UGCGACUGCUUGCCUGCCUGCUUGCGUGCCUGCCUGCCUGUGUGUCUGGCUGCUUGCUCAUACACAUCAGACCGAUAGACUGACGGACAGACAUUCGGAGUUGGCGGUGCAUGAAUGAUGAGGACGAGAGCGAUGUUGGCAUAGCACACUCCCUCCUUCGUGUGUGCGACGUGAAUGACUACUGCUCAGUUACCUGCGACUCUACCGUACUCUACCGUACUCUACUGUACUCUAUUGUACUCUACUCUACCCACUCCACUCCACUCCACUCCAUACGACAAGUGUGGCUUGCGUGCUUGGGUGCCCCGCCUGACGAGCGAGCGAUGCAGGGAAGCUAGGGCGGACCAGCAAGACCUCAACGGCCAUCCGAAAGCCUGGCUGGUGGAGCGAUGGUGCCGGGAUACCAAGGAAUCAAGCAGUGAGGCUUCCGAGUCGCCAGCGCCAGCUACACCCGGCCUAGGUACUUGCUUGACUACUCAUGCAGCCUACUAUUUCUCAGCUGUACAGGGAUCCUCCGUCUCGACCGGCGGCGUUGUUGAGGGCCACGCAACUGCGGGCCUGCGCCUCACAAAGCCACACGUAUUCAUCCCAAGAUUUCCCACCACCACCACCGCCUCCACCACCACCAUCACUGCUGGGACCGGGAUGGAGGGUCACAUAUCAACAACCAACAACAGCGACCAGCAUGCAGCCUGCUGUAACUAUCGCAUUGCACGCCCUAAAAAACCAGCAUAUCGCAACUGGGGACGCACCGCCCACGCACGUGCACUGAACAGGCCAAGCACCCACCACAUUCACCACAUUCACCACCAUCACCACCACCAUCACCACAACCACUAUUAUCUAUCGACACACGAUGAUGCCCUACCCUACAUACAGACGCAUGCCAGUCUCCUACAUCAACCUACACGUCCUUCUCUCUCUCCGCAGGCAUAUUCCAUGGCCACAGCGGAUGGGCUGUGGGGGCCCAUGUCGAGUCGAGUCGACCGAUUCCUUGCUUUCACCUGUCUGUCUGUCUGUCUGUCUGUCUGUCUGUCUGUCUGUCUGUCUGUCUGUCUGUCUGUCUGUCCCUUGACUUUCGGGCCGCCCAUUCGGCGUCCAACUAACUACUGCGGCCAUGACGACUUUGGGACUGUCUCGGCCCGUCGAUCUACGCGCAUGCGAUCACUCACAGCUUUCAACUUUCAUGCACGCAGCUUUUCAAUGCGAGUUCGUGUGUUCGUGUUGGCGCUGGGAAUGUGUAGGCGAGCUGUGCCCUGGUCCGCUAAUUUCCAACCUUCCCCCCCUCCCACUCCCUCACAAGCGCGCAUCGCACCGCAGCAGCGCAGGUGCCGGAGGACGGGACCCAACCUCCCCACCCCAGCACGUUUCCCCGGACUGUCCGGGAAUUACAUAAGUGCACAGAUACUUGGGUAAAUACUUGCUUUAUGUACGCCCCAACGAGGCGGUGGCCAGGUCCGGGAAUGUUGGAUGUCGAAGGCUCCUUGGAACCCUAGAUACCUACCUACAGGAAACGUGAAACGCA